GAUUACAGGCGUGAGCCACCGCGCCCGGCCUGCCAGUGUUUUUCAGAGCGGCAUCCCGUUACCACCAGAAUCAGAAUGACCAGUCAAAGGUAAAAAUGUCAAUUCAGACCAAGUACAUCCCUAAAGAAUUUUCAGUCUAGGGCUUUAAGAUGGCUUUCUUAAGAGGCGCGCGUAACCCAGUCUUCCUGCUCUGGCUGAGGUGCGAUUGGGCUCCGCCGCGUCCCGGCCCCGCCCCAUCCUGCCCUACUUCUCCCGGCCUCGCUCCACCCACCGCCGGUCUCCUGCCGUAAUCUUGGCGGGAAGGCGCCGGCCGCUAAGAAGCCGAAAGAUGUCCGGGUCGGGCGCGGCGGCUGAGAAGGCGGACUCCAGACAGCGACCCCAAAUGAAGGUCAAUGAAUAUAAAGAAAAUCAAAACAUCGGUUAUGUGUCUCUGAAACCAGUACAGACUACAGUUUCAAUAAAAACAGCUACAGUCUAUCUUACCCCCUUUUCACUUAGUAAUUAUCAGCUAGACCAGCUUAUGUGCCCCAAAUCCCUAUUAGAAAAGAAUUCUAACAAUGAAGUGGCGUGUAAGAAGACUAAAAUAAAGAAAACCUGCAGAAGGAUUAUACCUCCAAAGAUGAAAACCACAUCUUCCAAGGCAGAAUCCACACUGCAAAAUCCGUCCUCAGCUGUUCAUACUGAAAGUAAUGAGCUACAACACGAGAGAACAACAGAUGCGAUGAAUCUCGAUGUUGAUAUGGAAAGUAGUCAGGAUGGAGACAGUGAUGAAGCUACCACACCAGGCCUGGAUGAUUUUUCAGGAUUGUCACCCUACGAAAGGAAGAGACUGAAGAACAUAUCAGAAAAUGCAAACUUUUUUGCUUCUCUUCAGUUGUCUGAGUCUGCUGCAAGACUCCGUGAAAUGAUAAAGAAGAGACAGCCUCCUAAAUCCAAGAGAAAGAAGCCUAAGAAGAGAGAAAAUGGGAUUGGAUGUAGAAGGUCAAUGCGAUUACUAAAAGCUGAUCCUUCAGGAGUUUUAUUAUCAGCAACUCCAGCACCACCAGCCUUAGUAGCAGAUGAAACUCCUUUGUUACCUCCUGGGCCUUUAGAAAUGACUUCUGAAAAUCAAGAUGACAACAAUGAAGGAUUUAAAGGAUUUCUGCGGACAUGGGCAGGAAUGAGCAAGCCAAGUAGUAAGAACACUGAGAAGGGGUUAUCUAGCAUUAAAAGCUACAAAGCCAAUUUAAAUGGCAUGGUCAUUAGUGAAGAUACUGUUUACAAAGUUACCACAGGCCCAAUAUUCUCUGUGGCUCUCCACCCAUCCGAAACUAGAACUUUGGUAGCAGUUGGGGCCAAAUUUGGGCAAGUUGGACUUUGUGAUUUGACCCAGCAACCUAAAGAAGAUGGAGUUUACCUUUUUCAUCCCCAUAGUCAGCCAGUUAGCUGUCUUUACUUUUCACCCGUCAAUCCGGCCCACAUACUGUCGCUAAGCUAUGAUGGCACGUUACGCUGUGGGGAUUUUUCCAGGGCUGUUUUUGAAGAGGUAUAUAGAAAUGAAAGAAGUAGCUUUUCCUCCUUCGACUUCUUGGCAGAAGAUGCCUCCACUUUAAUAGUAGGACACUGGGAUGGAAAGAUGUCACUGGUGGAUAGACGGACACCUGGAACUUCUUAUGAGAAACUUAUCAGUUCUUCUAUGGGAAAAAUAAGAACUGUUCAUGUCCACCCAGUGCAUAGACAGUAUUUUAUCACUGCCGGAUUGAGGGAUAUUCAUAUUUAUGAUGCAAGGCACCUGAAUUCCAGGGGAAGUCAGCCUUUGAUUUCUUUGACUGAACAUACAAAGAGCAUUGCUUCUGCCUAUUUUUCGCCUCUUACUGGUAACAGAGUGGUGACCACAUGUGCUGAUUGUAAUCUGAGAAUUUUUGACAGCAGCUGUGUAUCUUCUAACAUUCCUCUCCUCACCACCAUCAGGCACAACACUUUCACUGGGCGAUGGCUGACCAGAUUCCAAGCCAUGUGGGAUCCUAAACAAGAAGACUGUGUCAUAGUUGGCAGCAUGGCCCGUCCACGACGGAUAGAAAUCUUCCAUGAGACAGGAAGGAGGGUGCAUUCUUUUGGUGGAGAAUGCCUUGUCUCUGUGUGUUCCAUCAAUGCCAUGCACCCAACUCAGUAUAUUUUGGCUGGAGUUUGGAAUGAAUACUUAUUUCUAGACUCACACUGGAAGGGGGCCUGGAAAGGUAAUCUAACUCAGUGAUUUUGAAACUUGAUUUUUUUUUUGUUGAGAACUUUUUUUUUUGCCACCCUCCCUAUAGGUUAAAUCUUACGUGAAACGCCAAGAUAACUGCUAAGCAGCUUUGGUUUACUCAGGGCGGGGUCUGGGUCUCUCUGUGCUUUCCUUUCCCCUUCCUCUAGAUGGCUCCUGAGACACAGCCAGGACUCCCAGGCACAGAAUGUGGAUCUGCCCUGGUCCCUGCAUUCCAGUGUAGGAUUGCCUCAGACCUGUGUUUUUCAGACUGGGUUUUUGCUCUUCAUAUGAAAUCAGUUAAAUGACAAUGACUGGUGUUGAAAAAAAUGAAAAGGAAAUAAUUUUGUAAAGAACAGAAAACAUAUUUGAGUAAGUAUUGUUUUGUAAAACAUAUAUGCAUAUAUAUUUGUAGGUAUAUAUGUUUAUGUAUAUUCUGAUGUAAAAAAUAUAUAUUUUUAAUUACUGUAGUACCAUGGGUAAUGGUUAAAGAAGUGAAAGCUACUGCUUAGAAUGUCCCAGUCUUUGUCCCCAUCUUUAAACUCUCCAAAGGAUAUUCAGUAGUGUUAAGUGAAUACCUUCAUUCUUAUUCAUAUUUGGGGGAAAUGUUAUGAAAUAUCACUUUUGGUAUUUCUUUCAUCAAAAUAUUUUAUUUUCAGAAGUGAUGGUAAUUUCAAUGUGUUGUUGGGAGGGGAGCAGCCAGAUCAGUUACUUAUAUUACUGUGUGACAUCUAUCCAACUUUCUUCGUACUUUUUAAUUUCCAGAUACUACUGAAAGACUGUAAAUGGCUUUGGCAAUAUGUUUGGCUUCUAAGAGGAAAUAUUUUCUCAUAGUUGUAUAUCAGAGAAAUAGUGAUAUAUAAUCUCUUUGAAAAACAAUUUCUAAAUAAUUUUCUUCUCUGUAGUUAAAAUCUAAGUGUAAAAAGGUUUAGUUUCUUAAUAGGUUUAGGUGUUUAUAAGUAAUAUUUCUCGAUUUUCUAGUUGGUGUAAGUAGUGGAAUUGACAAGUGAGAUGGAAAUGUUAAUUUAUAAAGGGAAAGUAAAGCUAGGUGAGGUUGAAUUAUAAUUAGACUGUGCAGGAAACACUAUAAAGGCUUUAGGCUACCUUUCUCAUUUCUGUGCCAGUUAAUUUCCUGGGUUCUAGAGUGGUUAGUUCUAUGGGAAUUGUGUUUUUUAAUUUUUUUUUUUUUUAAUGAUGAAAACUACUCUCAAUCAUUUAAGCUUUGAAUACCUGGCAGUAAUUGCCUGGACUCUUCAAUAAACAUUAGCAAAUUCUUGAUGUU